AUGGAAGCAGCUACUUCUUUGGUAUGCUCAAAAGUCACACCUUGUGGAUUUACUUUCUCGCCCAAACACUGUUUAACCUCAUUCAGACCUUUCAACAAACAAUUCGAAGACAAAAAAUUAUCUGUUAAAAAAUCCCUCGCCCAGAACAAUCUUAAGCUUAUCAGAACCCCUUUAAAUUGCUCCGUCUUACUUGCGUCCAAGUCCGGCAACCGACUUGGGUUAUCACUGAAGAGUUGUGACAAUUCAUUUCGUUUACAGUCAUGUUUUCCAUCACCGCUAUCUGCUGCAAAUUCUGGAGUUACUAAUCAUUUCCACCUGCACAGAUGCUCGAAUUCGAGUUCUGAUGCAACGGGUGCUGACUCACAGAACCCCUUGCUGGAAAGUCUCAGAAAUUUCAAAUUUGUGUCUUUGAAAUCAACCCUUCUGCAGUUGACGCCGGUUGACAUUUGCAAGUGGUGUUUGAUAUUCUCCAUUGCAAUUGCAGCUUCAAAAUGGAGUCUGAAUUUACUAUUCAACCCAUUUUUUUGGAUGUAUUUUAGCUGGACGUGGUUGUUUUGGCCAUGGUUAGUAGCAAUUGGUCUUGCGAUUUAUGGUUUUUAUAGCCUUAACAAGCAUUUAAGGGGCGAAGCCAGUGUACUAGAGCAAUUUGCCAUCGUUACCUCAGCUUUCACUUGGCUAACAUUAGUCCCGCCUGCUCAUUUUAAUGGCCUUCUGGAAGGAUGGCCCUUUGUGUUCUUUUUUGUGUACCAUUAUUUCUUUUUCCUCAAUGUGAGUGUCCGAAAGCGGUUAUAUGGCGAUUAUUAUCCUAGGAAGCACAAUACAAAGUGGGACAUUAGUCUGCCCAAUUGGCAAAAGCUUCUGUUUUGCAUUGGAGUGAUGGUUGGACAUUGGCUAGCAGCACGUGAAGGGACAGAGCUGCAUCUAAUUCCUGGUGGGUGGAACAAUGUGGGUAUUUGGCUUUUGAUCAUGUUGACCGUGUUCAUGCAGUAUCACUCCACCCUGUAUUUGGCCAAGUAUUCUGAGAAGGUGGUUGUGCCCACUGCUGUUGUCCAUUUUGGGCCAUACAGGUUUGUUCGCCACCCAAUUUAUGCUUCAACGAUGCUCCUGUUUGUUACAUACUUCAUUGCACUCAGAGCACCAAUGAGCGCACUGUUUAUCAUUGCGGUUUGUGUUAUGUACUAUGGGCAAAAGGCAAAAUUAGAGGAGGCCUUGAUGCUAGAGACCUUUGGAGAUAGGUAUACUGAGUACAUGGAUAAGGUUAGGUACAAGUUCCUUCCUUUUGUUUUUUAA